AUGUUGGCUCGAUGUCUGCAAACUUUAUCUGGUACUUUAAAACUUGGUGUAGGUUCCAAUUCCAACUUGCUAGCUAUUCGGAAUGUAUCUGGUAAGAGUGUUCAUGAAGAUUGGAGAGAUUUCAACAACGUUGUUAAGGAACUUCGCAACAUUUCAAGGGAGAAUGGACUGGAAGGAGAAAUGCCAGACACAAAACUUUUGAAAGAGUUGGGCUAUGGAGCGUUAGUCAUGGCAAUUCGUAAGAAACAUGGAGGCGUUGUGGAAGUGGCGACCAAAAUGGGUGCACGCAAAGACCACCAGGUCGUUGAGGUGCAUAAGAAAAUAAGUGCACGUUGUACACGCCGGAAAAAACGAAAGGAGCGACUAGAUAUGCACGAUUUUUAUUAA